GAAAAAAAAACUUAAAUUUUAACGCAACUCCGUAGCAACAGUGUUUGAAUAUUACCAAAGUAACGAGACAUCGCGCGUUUAUUACGUGACGUGUGUCGUAUUGUUCAGUGCAAACAAAUAUGUAUUUAGAGCAGGAGGAGAGCAUCGCGACGGACGACGACAGCAGCGAGGCCGACCACAGCUUUUACCUCAACAGGUUAAUGUUGACAGAACAUCAGUUGUCCACCCCCACUGUCGUCUCUCAUCGUGUCCUAAUUACUGAAGAGAUUUCACCUCAGAUUGAGCUGCAAUAUCCCACAGGACAGAACAGAAAGACGUCCAUAACAAAACAGCAAACCCAUGGCACCGUGGUUCCACCAAUAAAUCCUGCAAGUGUUCAAGCUCGUAUUAUUGGAGAAGAAAGUUCUUCAGAAAGGGAAAACAGUGAAGGUUUCAGUGGCCAAGGCAUUACAGAAAGAAAAUCAGGGAAAGUCCUGUCACUCAAGUCCAUCCACAGACAGAAUCAUUUUGGAGAGACAAAGCUGCAUUUAGCUGUGAUGAAGGGAGACAUUCAAGACGUCGAAGACUUGAUCACAGUGGGUGCUUCUGUUAAUGUACCGGAUUAUGCAGGUUGGACUCCACUCCAUGAGGCAGUGCAGAGAAACAAGUAUGACAUGACAGAAAGUUUACUCGAAGCUGGAGCUGAGGUAAACUGCAGAGGAGAUAAUGGAAUUACACCUUUACAUGAUGCCAUUCGAUGUCAGUAUUACAAGAUUGUAGAUCUACUUCUGAAGUAUGGUGCUGAUCCAUUAUUAAAGUGUGACAGAGGGAUGACUCCUAUGGACAUGACCACAGAAAGAUCUAUGUACAUACUGGUGGAGAAAUAUCUGCAGAAGACUAAAUCUAAUCCAGAUAAAAAUACACCCAUCACCACUGAUUCUGCAGUGAAUCCAAGUAUGAGCCAAAGAAACAGCCAGAACUCCAUCAAAGACACAAGAACUCCUCUUCAGAAAUCAACAGGAACUGCUGAUACAAGUGAGCAUGAAAAGACCCCGCAGUCUGGUGAAGCUGAACCCAUUCCUGGUCCAAGCAGUGAACAACCAAGCUGUGAUCCUUCCAUUCAGGCCUCUCUCCAAGGGGAGGCUGGUGAAACACUGAUGAAUGAUGGCAGUUCAGUAGCUGAGAAGACAAGCUCAAAAUCUUUCCAUGACCAUAGCUAUGCAAUUACUGAUCUGUCAGUUCAGAGCAGAAGUGAAGAUUCAUAUAAAGUUCCCUCAGCAAGAAAGAGGAUAUUGGAGGGCUGUCAACACAGUUAUGGGGCUGAUAUUAGGAAUGAUAAUGACUCUGCUGUGGCUAAGAAAAAGCUCAAAAGAACAAAACAUGACAUUCAAAUUGAAAAAGAGUUUUUGGAAUACUUGCUCAACUUUGAUAUGAACCAUGUCUUUGUUGAUCCUGAGAGUAAAAAAGAAGUAGAUGGCCCCUUACUUCAGCAGAAUGAAGAUGCAAGAAAAGAACAAGAGUCAGCUCUUGGUGUUUACCAAAAGAUUCCAUCUGAAACUGUGUGCUGUUCUGACACCAACAACAACAGCAGUCAAGAAUGCAGCAAUUCUUCACUGUCCCCUCAUUUAAAUGAACUAAUUGACUCAUAUGUACAAGGGACAUUCAAGGAAGAUGUUAAUGUACAUCCAUCUGGAGCAAUGGCUAAAUCACUAUUACAGAGUGAGGAACUGUUUGACUCUGGCAGUCCUGGUUCACUGUCUUUACUUAUGGCCAUAAUCCAUAAUCAAGGAUUAACCUGCAGUCCAGAGGAUUCAGAGAAAGAUGAACCAUUAGAGGAAUCAGACACAGCCAACAAAAAACUGCCAGAUACUAAACCAUCAGAAGACCCACUUAUGGCCCAGUCAUUGUAUAGUGAGCUCCAACAACUACAGGGAACUUUGCCAUCAACCAGCCUUGCCAUUGAGUCUCUCCAUGUGGAUAGUAUCACUGGCUGUUCAGAAACCUGUAUAAAUACACCACAUAAUGACUCGACACAAAUCAGCAUUCAAGAACUGCAAUCUCCUAAAACGCUGCCCCUAAAGAAGCCAGUAAAUCAGGACGGCGAAACAGGCAUGAUCACCAUUCAAAACCAGCAGGAGGUGGUAGAGAUAAAAGAGACAGCACUGAGCACUAAUCAGACAAAAAUGAGUAAGAGCUACAGUGAAGAUGUUUGCGUGGAAUGUGAAAAGCUGGAAUGUGACACAUUGAUUUUAAAUGUGACAGAUCUCAUUGGCGGACCUGAAGCAGAACCACAUUCUUCUUGGAGGGGGGUAGUUAAUGAGCCAGUGAGUGACGUUCUCAAAGACCAUGCCAGUACAUGUCCUGCUUCACCCACUUUUUUCUGUGACAGAGUAGAUGUUAAACAGCUUGAAAAUUCUCACAUGGCUGAUUGCAUUGUUGUCGAGAAUCAUAUAGUUAGAGAUUCAGCAGAUUCUGACUGCACUGUUGUGCAUGAACUCUUUGGUUCUGAAGAAAGGCAUAGUGAAAAGGAAGCAGAGAACACAGAGGCUACACCUGACACAGUGGCUUCAGAGAGUGUUUUGAGGCUGUUUUUACCUGAAAAUUUGUGUACACAACCUUCACUGGAUAACAAUGAAGAAACGGCACAUGAUCCACAAAUAGCUCAGGAAAUCAAAAGGCUCCUAAACACAGGUGAACUAAAAAGGCAGAAAAAGAAAUUGAAACAGAAGAAAAAUCCGCUUAGACAAGGACGAAAUGUCGCAGAUGGAUUGAAUACAGGAUCAAAGAGAUGUUUUAAAAUUACUCAGAGAAAUCUUCACAAGCGAAAUAGUGUAGGAGAAACUCAGCUUCACCGGGCGUGCAUCAGAGGAGACCUGCAAAUGGUCAAAGUCUUGAUAGAAGCUGGAAGCAAUGUUAAUGUAUCAGAUCAUGCAGGAUGGACCGCCCUUCAUGAGGCCUGUUCCAGAGGUUUUGUAGAUGUGGCAGAGCAGCUCUUGGAAGCAGGGGCCGAUGUCACCAGCAGAGGGCUACAUGGAUGGAACCCUCUGCAUGAUGCUGUUGCAUCGGGCUCAUAUGAGAUUGUGAGGCUUCUCCUUCAGUUUGGCUCAAGUCCUUUUGACAAGAAUAUCCUGGGACACAAUGCGGUAGACCUCGCAGCACAUGAAAGCAUCAAAGAGCUGCUUUUGACAUUUAAAGGACCUUUUCGUAAACCUGUCCGGACAACUGACACUUCCAAACAGGGAUCCCAGCUUUUGGCUGCAGAGCACAUGCAGCCAGAUGCUGAUCAAGACAAGUUGGCUUGUAGCUACGAGGCCUCUCUUUUGGAAAAUGGGUCUAUCAGUGAUGCCAGUGGCAGAGUCUUCUUCCUCCCAGAACAAUGUUUUGAAUCAGUCCUGGAGAGUCAGUCCUCAGGUCCUGUCACCUCUGAUUUUGCCUUUGAAAAGCAGGUUAUGUAUCAAUCCAAGUCGAGUUGUUUAAAUACGGAGAAAACACCUCUGGGAUCAGUACAUCCCCAUUCCUGCACAUACAACAACAGUCCAUCAAAACCUAUUAUAAAAGAGCCGCCCAAAAAUGACGCUUUCAUGAACAUCAGAUCCAUUCGCUUGGUCAGCGAUGAGGAGUUUUUUCCAAACCACGUGAUGAACAAAUACUGGGAUUUCUUCGCCCAGAGUGAGGAGUGGACCUUUGAAACUUAAGAAAAUCGCUCAUGUAGCACAAAAGUGCCUGUUAGAGCAUCAGCGAAAACCGUUCCAGUGUUAAAACCUUUAAUGUUAUAACUUUUAUAACGUGGAAGAGUGUUAUAUUCUCAUUGUUGUUGUUUAGAAAGUACGAAUAGCCUAUGUUUGAAACGUUUUUGUACAACUAAGUUUCAGUUUUUUGUAGGAUGAUGGUCUUGAUAUUAAAAUGUAUGUCAACACA